AUGUAUUCAUUAUUGUGUAAAGCUCUACCCUUUAACACUAAAAGUGUGAAGAAUGCUAGAGGCAUUAGUUUAACGUUAUUCAAUAAGAAACAGACUAUAGACCGCUCAAAAGUGCCUAUUAUAAAUGAAAAUGAACUUGAAGAAAUGUUUGUUAAGGGUAGUGGCCCUGGUGGAUCAGCAGUCAAUAAAAAUGCUAAUUGUGUUGUACUAAAACAUAAACCAACUGGCAUUGUGAUUAAAUGUCAUGAAUCAAGAUGUGUUGAAGAUAACAGAAAAAUGGCUAGGGAAAAACUUGCUAUAAAAUUAGAUGUAAUAGAAAAUGGUAAUAAUUCAGUCGAAGCACAAAAAAAAGCAAUUAUAGAAAAAAAGAAUGCACAAAAAGAAUGGAAACGGAAAAAAUUAGAAACAUUGAAAAAGGAUUGGAUUGAAAGAGAAAGUAGUUUCAAACCUUAAAUUAUCAAAACUAAUAGUAUAUCAUUUGAGUUAUUAUUUGUUAAAAAGUAAGGUAAUUUGUAAAUGUUUGUAUUGCUAAAUUAGAAGUAGGUAACUAUUAUGCAUUUAAUAAUUUUAAUUGUUUGGUUUAUUAUAUUCCAAUAUUAAUUAGUCAAAUGUAAUAAAUAUAAUUAAAUAAGCAAUGUAUGUAGUAGUAAA